CUGGCCCUGGCUGCUGCCGCUGCCUCGUCCGGACUUGGCGAGGACUUGGGAGGGACAGCGGCGCUGGGAGGUGGCUUAGCAGAGACUUUCCAGCAACUGCUGCCCAGGGCUCUUUUUUUUUUUUUUUUUUCUUUUUCCCAGGAGGCGGCGACGGCGGCGGCGGGGGGAGAGGAAGAGAAGGAAGCGUCUCCAGUUUGAGUCUAUGCAGCCCUUCGGCUCUCCGGGAGGAGCGUCCCUGCCCCGAUGAGCCCCCGCCGUGCGUCCCCGACUGUCCCCCGGCGGGAUUGGGGCACGGAGCCCAGCGCCGACGAUCGCUGCUGCUUUGCCCGUGGGGGUAGGAUGUGGUGAAAGGAUGGGGCUUCUCCCUCCCGGGGCUCACAAUGGCCAGAGAAGACUCUGUGAAGUGCCUGCGCUGCCUGCUCUACGCGCUCAAUCUGCUCUUUUGGUUAAUGUCCAUCAGUGUGUUGGCAGUUUCUGCUUGGAUGAGGGACUACCUAAAUAAUGUUCUGACUUUAACUGCAGAAACAAGGGUAGAGGAGGCUGUCAUCUUGACUUACUUUCCUGUGGUUCAUCCGGUCAUGAUCGCUGUUUGCUGUUUCCUUAUCAUUGUGGGGAUGUUAGGAUACUGCGGAACAGUGAAAAGAAAUCUGUUGCUUCUUGCAUGGUACUUUGGAAGUUUACUUGUCAUUUUCUGUGUAGAGCUGGCUUGUGGUGUUUGGACAUAUGAGCAGGAAAUUAUGGUUCCAGUACAGUGGUCAGACAUGGUCACGUUGAAAGCCAGAAUGACAAAUUAUGGCUUACCUAGAUACCGGUGGCUUACUCAUGCUUGGAAUUUUUUUCAGAGAGAGUUUAAGUGCUGUGGAGUGGUGUAUUUCACCGACUGGUUGGAAAUGACAGAGAUGGACUGGCCCCCAGAUUCCUGUUGUGUUAGGGAAUUCCCAGGAUGUUCCAAACAGGCCCACCAGGAAGAUCUCAGUGACCUUUAUCAAGAGGGUUGCGGGAAGAAAAUGUAUUCCUUUUUGAGAGGAACCAAACAACUGCAAGUGCUAAGGUUUCUGGGAAUCUCCAUUGGAGUGACACAAAUCCUGGCCAUGAUUCUCACCAUUACUCUGCUCUGGGCUCUCUAUUAUGAUAGAAGGGAGCCUGGGACAGACCAAAUGAUGUCCUUGAAGAAUGAUACCACUCAACACCUGUCAUGUCACUCAGUAGAACUGCUGAAACCAAGCCUGUCAAGGAUCUUUGAACACACCUCCAUGGCAAACAGCUUUAAUACACACUUUGAGAUGGAGGAAUUAUAGAGAAUGUCAAAGAGGGAAGCCACAAAUUUAUUUUAUUGGACUUGUGAAUUUUUGAGCACAUAGUUAUCUGUUUCAGAAACGUGUGGAAAUAAAAAUGUUGCCAUAGAAGGAUACCUAAACAUAUAAUUUUCUAUCCUUUAAAAUGAAGAGGGAAAAGAUCCAUAUUAUAAGACACCAGCUAGACGAUAGUUGAUGCCCUUUGUAAUGCUGAGGAAAGAUCUAAUACUCACUUUAUAGCCUAUGUAAGAUUUUUACAUACAAAGCAUACACAGUUAUGCUUUGAGGUUUAUGCUUUUGCAUAGUUUGACCAGCAUUUCUGCAUCCAUGAAAACAAGCCGUGCUGUGGUGGGAUUGGAGCUACAGUAAAGUCUGAUUUACUUCCAUAAGCUUGCUAGUAUACAAAGUACGAAUUAACUGCUAACAUAGGAAGUUCGACAGUACUAAUGACUUUUAUUACUUGGUGAUAUAUUCUUUUGAGGGUGGAUAUAUUAUACAUAAGAAAAUUCUGAAAAUUGGUGACUACCUAAAUGUGAUUUUUGCUGGUUACUAAAAUAUUCUUAACUACUUACAAGAGCAAACUAACACAUUGCCUUUAACUGAUCAGGGAUCUAUGUGUAUAUAAGAGUCUGUGUUAAGUCUGUAUAAUUCAGUAGUUUUCAGUUCUUAUAAUGUUAAGAAUAACAAUUGUGAAAAGGAUAAAUUUAUCCUGUAUAGCACCAUUAUUUUUAACCUUUCCUGUUAAUAGAGGUUUGAGAUUCUGUCCUGGGUUUAUAUUACAUAUGUAACUAUUAAUUUAAAUACUUAACCACUAAUUUUGAAAAAUUACCAGUGUGAUACAUAGGAAUCAUAAUAAUUCAGAAUGUAGUCUGGUCUUUAGGAAGUAUUAACAAGAAGGCUUACACAUAACCUCAUUCAUUCAGCAAAGACUUUGAUGCUGUCUUUCUCCCAAACUAAGACUCUUUUUGACACUAAACACUUUUGGAAGGAGCUUAUCUUUGCCUUCUCCAAAAAAUAAAUGACAGUCUCCAAGCCUGAAUAUAAUUCUACAGAUAAUAGUGUUCCUUUUCUCCAGCAAAACUCUGUGAGAAUCAUUAAAAUAGGUAACAAUUUAACUAGAGAUUUUCUUUGCUUUGUUUCACUGAUUAAGAUACUGUGGUGAAUUACACAGAUUAUUAAAUUUUUUACAAGAGUAAAAUAUAUUUAUUUGAAAUGGGAAAAGUGCAUUUUACUGUAUUUUGUGUAUUAUGUUUAUUUCUCAGAAAAUGGAAAGAAAUUAAAAUGUGUCAAUAAAUAUUUUCUAGA